AAUAUGCGUACAGGAAGGAAAGUUAAUUGGUGUCGUAGACAAAAGUGUUUACGGCGACAAUUAUAUCGCAUUUCGAGGAAUACCAUAUGCCAAACCGCCGACUGGAGAACUCAGAUUCAAAGACCCGGAACCAGCAGAACCAUGGACUGGUAAGAGAGAUGCCUCGAAACACGGAAACAUUUCCGUUCAAAUGAAUGUUUUGACACGCGAAAUUGAGGGCGAUGAAGAUUGUCUCUAUUUAAAUGUGUACACUACAAAAAUCGAACCUUCGAAAAAGCGUGCGGUAAUGGUGUGGAUACACGGCGGUGGUUUCUUUUUUGGUUCCGGUGAUGAACUCUUCUACGGUCCCGAUUAUAUUGUACCGAAAGAUGUAGUUUUGGUUACCUUGAAUUAUAGACUAGGUGUUCUAGGUUUCCUAAAUCUCUACGACAAAGUGGCGACGGGUAAUCAAGGUUUAAAAGAUGUGGUCAUGGCGUUACAAUGGGUCCAGAAAAAUAUAUCACAGUUCGGAGGAGACCCAGAAAAUGUCACUAUCUUCGGCGAAAGUGCUGGUGGAGGCAUCGUACAUUAUCUAACUCUGUCUCCGUUAGCGAAAGGUUUAUUUCAUAAAGCAAUAGCACAAAGUGGAGUCGCAAGGAAUCCUUGGGCUUUUACCGAAAAACAACAUUCGAUGAACAAAACUUUUCGGCUCGCCGAAAUACUCGGAAAAGCGACCUCGGAUCCAAAAGUCGUUUACAAGUUUCUUAAAACCAUCGAUGCCAAAAAGCUUAUAGAGACGGAACAAAAGUCUCUCUUGACAGAAACAGAGCGUCAACAACAUUGCUUGAUAUUUACCCCCAGUGUGGAUCACGAAUCAUCGAAUCCAUUUUUCCCGGAAGAUCCAGAGACGUUCAUGUGCCGCGAAACUAAAGUACCAUUACUUUUGGGUUUUAACAGUCGCGAGGGAUCAUUCAUUAUAUGCAGUAACUUUAACGGACAUAUAAAUAAAGAGGAGCUUAAAAAAGUCGAUUCCGAUUUCAAGAGUGUCAUAUUGCCCAGGACUUUAUCGACUUUGCCAAUUACAGUCGAAGAAUUACGCUCUUUAUAUUUUGGUGACAAAGCAGUAUCAGAGGAAACUCUAAUAAAUUACGUUGAUUUUGUUAGCGAUGAGUUCUUCUGUCGGGGUAUAAUGGAAGUAGUGGAUAUUCAGACAAAGCUGAAAAAUAAUGAUAAAAAACCGACGUAUCUGUAUAAAUAUUCAUAUGAGAGCAAUACUUGUCCCGCGAGAAAAAUAUUUGAUAUUCGAAUCCCAGGUGCGUCUCAUUUUGAGGAACUGGCAUACUUGUUUUAUUUUAAUGUGAUGAAAGAUCUCGGCAUGUCAGCACCUGCAGUUGAUUCGGAAGACUAUAAAAUAAUGAAUUGCCUAACGCAAAUGUGGACGGAUUUUGCUAAAACAGGAAAUCCAACGCCUAUUACAAAUAUGUGGAUACCGGUAACCGAUUCGCAACGAGGAAAGUACAAUUACCUAAAUAUCGAUAAAAACACGGAAAUGAAAGUCUUUCGUAAAGGAGAAGAAAGAUGGGAUUGGGAAGAGAAGAAGAAUAAGGUACGUCGCUAGAACUUUACCUACGUCAAAAUGGAAUUUUUCUCGAUACCUUUUGCAUAUUUAUAAUAAAUAUUCCUUCGUUAUUUUUCGAAGAUAUGUUUUUGAAUUAACGGUAUGUGGACACUAUUGUUAUUGUCCUUAAGUUCAAAAUCGGUUUUAAUUAGCGAAAAUAUGGGGAUUAAUAAUUUUCGAACUAUGAUUUAUAAGGAACAAGAAGUUUUUCACGAAUUAAAACUUAAGAAGUACUAGUAAAUCAAGUACUAGUAAAA